AGCUAAAGAAGCGGAGCGUUACCCUUUAACCACUCUCAAAUUCCAAUUUCACAGUGAAAAUCACAGCAUACCACUUCACUCUCCAUUCACACCCAAAUGAAACCGAUAAUAUUUGGCGUCAUCUCUCCCAACAACUAUCCCUAAUCUCUCUCCUCCUUCUUCAAAACAUUCAAUUCCAAUUCUAAAAUUUCACUCAAACUAACCCUAUAAAAUAAAACCCUUUUACCCCUAUCCCAAUCUCAAUUCUCAAUUCAAAUCUCAACAACAAAAUGAAAGCUUCAUUGAAAUUCCGUGAUGAACAAAAGAAACCCUUAUUAAGAGCCAAAGUACCCUUAAGUAUUCUAGGAACACCAUUCCAAAGUGGAAUCGUUGCUGGUGAUUCUAAAGAAUUAACACUUAAUCUCUCAACUUUCUUCCAAUCCGGUCCAACGUUGAAACUCGCCUACCGACCCAACGACUCACAAAACCCGUUUUCAUUGAUCGUGAAAACCGGCACUGGACCGUUCGGUUCACCGAUGUCGAGUUCUAUGCUGAUGAGUUGCGAGUUCAAUUUGCUGAACCGGAAUGAUAAAACCGGUUCGCCUCAACCGCUUUUCAUGCUUCAUUUUAAACCUAGGUUUGGGGAUUUUUCAUUUAAGAAAACUCAGAGUUCGAUUUUAGAUGUGAAGGGUUAUGCUUUUCCGCAAAACGGUGGCGUUUUGGGGAAUGAUGAUACGAAAUUUGAGUUUGUUGAAUCUCCGGUGAUUGGUGGGUUUAGUGUUGGGAAGGUGCCGUCGGCUGGGGCUAUUGCGGGGUUGUUUUCGGGGACUGAAGUUGCGGCGAGGACUAGGGUUCCAAUUAGGGGACGUGCCGCGGUGAAUUUUAGAUGGGGGGUUAGGGUUCCGGCUGAGGUUAAGGGCGAAAGCGCGUUUGGAAGGGUUCCGUUUCUUGUGAUGGAUAAAAUUGGGGUGGAACAUUUGCCGGCAGAAUGUGGCAAUUUAAAGAAUUUGAAGAAAGGAAAGGUUGGUGCUGCUGGAGUUGGUGUUCCAACGAGUGCUGAUGUGGCCGAGACGUGUUUUGCUGUGAAGAGGCAAAUGGAGGUUUUGCAGGCGGAAAAUGGAUUGCUGAGGAAUGCUGUCGAGGAUCUUCGGAGAGAAUUUGCUAGUGUAAGGAUUGGAGGAGGGAAAAGCUUCGAGGGGAGAAAGAAUGAGAAGAAAACCGGGUCAGAUUUUAGUGGUUAUCCUGGGAAAUCGACCGAGGCUGAUGCGAGCAAGGAAUUGGAGAAGGCGUUGAGGGGAGCCACCACUGUUGGAGCUUGAAUUCAAAAUAGAUGUAGUCGGCUUUAUGGUGCAGUCAAUUGCAGACCGUUAGGUUACGAAAGAUAGGAUCCAAGUUCGUUUGAAUUCUUGUCGAACCGUGCUUUUAUUUUACAAUUUUGUUUAUAAUAUUUCUGGUGGAGUAGCAUUAUGUUUUUUCUGUCACAAAUUUCUAGUGUCAGUUUUGGAACUGCAAAUUUACUUUAUUGUCAUAUGAAUAAUGAUGAUAUGAAUGAUGAUGAUGAUAUAAAUAUUUUAA